AUGGGGGCCCUCUCACUUUCCUUAGGCUUCCUAGGCUACGAAGAUAUUCCCGAUUUUGAGAUCCAUGAAUCAUCUCCUACAGGAAUGCAUUUCUUCGUCAUGCUCUCAUCCAUGGCAGGCAUCUUUGGAGAUGUUGGCCAGUCUAGUUAUUGCGCCGCAAACACAUAUCAGGACGCACUUGCACGAUAUCGAGUAUCAAUAGGCGAGAAAGCGUCCAGCAUUGACCUCGGCAUCGUGACGAGUGAGGGCUACGUCGCUGAGAACCAGGUAGUGAUGGAUCGUCUGACAAUGCUUAACCUUUUCCGUCCACUCUCGACAAGAGAGGUCCUCGCCCUUCUCGACUACGUUUGCAACCCCGACUUGCCUCCCAGCAGACCCUGUCGGAGCCAAAUUGUCACCGGAUUUGAGUUGCCAGCCGACAUCGAGUCGAAAGGACGAGAUGUACCCAGCGCAAUGGAGCAGCCUUUCUUUUAG